CCCAUCCUGGCCGGCACUUUCUUGAUCUCUUGCCCUUGGGCAGAAGAUACAGACGCAUGAUUAGUCGCACCAGCAGGGUAAAGAACAGCUUCUAUCCAUGGGCUGUUACGCUGCUGAAUGAAAAGAUAACAACACGGCAACUGACUUUCGGGUUUGGUGUGUGUGUGUCAGUAAACGAGGGGAAUUAAGACUACGAGAACUGAGUGGGGGGUGCUCGUGUAAUCUCACUAUAUACAAGUUGUACAAGUGACAAUAAAGUAUUUCAAUUUCAAUUUCAAUAUUCCACAGGAGAUGAAGGUUUACUUCUGCCAGAAGUCAUCCCAGAACUUCCUUUGGGCCUAUGGAAGCAAUACAUGGUGGAAGAAGACUAUGGUGGUACUUUUGCAUCUUAAAUGUAGCAAAAUCUGCACAUGCAAUCCCACAGUAACCCUGGCUGAGUCUCAAUAUUUCAGGAGGAAAUCAAUGUCACACUAAUAUGAUUACUCUGUCAGCACAAUAAUUUCUGCUUGUCUGGUGAAACAAUCUCCUUUCUUCUCCCCCCAUGCACUGAUCUGGGGGUUCUCCUGAUUGCCCCCUGGUGCAUGGGGUAGGAGAGAAAGCCCCGUUAUGCUAGCAGGAUUCCUUGUGCUUUCUCCUAUAGUUGUGUGACUAUUCAGUUCAAUACAGCCCUUUGGUUUUUGAAAGAUUAUUGUUCAGUCGUUCAGCUCAUGCUCUGCAAGCAUAGGGAUCUAUGAACAUCCAUCUUGCUGUACUGAGGAACACUUCUGUCUGAAACCAUGCAAAGUCUGUUUUGCCAGUUGAGGUUUGCAACACUGGAUGUAAUGGUUCCUAAGGGGGUUGCUCGUGCGUAAGCAGGUGCCUAUCUUCCUGGCUGGGUGCAAACACCUGGCUGGGCUGCCAAAGUGAACCUCCUCUGUACGGACAGCCACUCGCCCGUGGCUGACUCAAUCGCUGGCAGAAUCCGUGAGUGGGCGUUUCUUAAACUUCUUCCAGCAAAGAAGUUCUUUGACGCCUAGUCUCCGCCUACCCUCUCUGUGCGGAAGCCUUCUGCACAGUGAGGGCGUGGGCAACGGAGGACCCCUAGUCUCCCCACUGGUCCCAGGCAAGGAGUCAUGGGACUGCCUCGCCACUUCCCCACCUGCCCCCCUUCUCCACUGGUGCUACGCUGAUUCUCUUCCCCAGAAGAUGGGCUGCUUCUCCCGAUCCCUAGACGCCUUCUGGAAUCCCUCUGGCUUUCACGCUCUCCCUCCAGUACUGAUGGCAGUUCCCUGACACUGGAUUAGGCAAGAUUAGCCUUCUUCAACCUGUUGUCAUCCAGAUGUUGUUCAACUCCAGCUUCCAUCAGCCACAAAGAGAAUAGCAGUAGUGAUAGUGGUGAUAGCAGUAGUCGUUCAACACCAUGGGAAGAGCAGAAGGUUUGGAGAGGCCAUUGAAGUGUUCAGCUCCACCCCACAUGCCCAGAGAAUAGGUGAGGUGGGAUCAUGACCUCUGACCAUGCCUCUGUCAGUGCUAAAUGUACCUGCUGGCCACAGCAUUAUUGGCUGUGCACUAGGAAUUAGGAAAAAAGAAGAAGAAAAGAGCCAGAACAAAUAGUGCUGUAGAUGCAUAGAGAUUUCACUUGUAAUUGAGAAGCCUGAGCAAAUCUGGUUUACUGGUAGCGUGGAAAAACAAGCCUGAUGACUGUGUACCUGCAUGUAUGGAGAUCCCUUUCUCAUUGAUAACAAGCAUGCAUCUAUCAGGAGUCUGGCCAGCAGGCAUGAUCCUGCUCCAGCCCCCUUACAUGAGCAUCUGCUUCACAUAUAUAGGUAGAAGAGAUUUUCAUAUGUUCAUGAGUCAUUCCCAUGCCAGCAAUUUGGACAGAAAACAGUCCAGCAGCUGGAGUAUCAACACACAGUAUGUAUGUGGGCACUUCAGUAUGUGUGUGUAUGCACAGAAGGUAAAUGAAAACUUACAAAGAAACCCAGCCCCCCUUUUAUUACUAAAUAAAAGGAAAUGUUAUUUAUUCAUCUAAUUAAAAUACUUAUUAACCACCUUCUCUCCAAUUCUGGGGCAGUAUACAAAAUUGUGACUAAAACUAAUUCACAGCACAUCAAUGCAUUUUAAAACCAACAAAUAAACAUAACAGAAUAUAACCAAAUAAGGAUCAGAUAGACCCUGAAAAACUACAAAUACAGACAGUGCAACACUCUCCUUUGUCAACCUCUGAUUCUACAUGGGAUCUGUGGAAUAUGCCUAAAUAACAUGAACAAUGUCACCCUGUUGAGCUAGGCUCUCUGACCCUGUUAAUUAGUCUUAAAGGAGGGUGAUAGUUCUUACUGAUGUAUUCUAUUCCUUUGAAACUAAGUCUGCAUGUUGGUCAUCAGAUGGUCCUAAAAUACUCCAAGAUCAAUCAAUUUCUUUAUUAUUUGCUCAAGUAGUUUCCCCAAUACUAAGCUUCAGCUGACUGGUCAUUACCUUUCCUAUAUUUCCCUUUUUAUUCUCCUUUCAUGCUCAUAGAAAGGCUUUGAAUGCAUUGAUUACCAUUAUUGCAUCCAUUUCACUUUUAAUUAGGAGCGUAUUCUAAGCACUCUGUUCAAAGCUUGGUCAGCAUAUCUGGUUAGGAAGCCUGUGUUUUCAAAGGGUUUUAUUUGCUAAUAAAGUUUUGUCUGCUCACAUCUUUGAUUUGCCUCCAAGUCUCUCAUCUCGCAGGCAGUUCACUUCCCAACACCCUGGGCUAACCUCACCUAAAAGUCUUCUUUUUUUAAAAAAAGGGUAAAGGACCCCUGACAGUUAAGUCCAGUCACGAAUGACUCUGGGGUUGCAGCACUCAUUUCGCUUUACUGGCCGAGGGAGCUGACAUUUGUCCACAGUUUUUUCCAGGUCAUGUGGCCAGCAUGACUAAGCCGCUUCUGGCAAAACCAGAGCAGCGCACGGAAACGCCGUUUACCUUCCUGCCAGAGCGGUACCUAUUUAUCUAUUUGCACUUUUUGGUGUGCUUUCGCACUGCUAGGUUGGUAGGAACUGGGACCGAGCAACAGGAGCUCACCCUGUCACGGGGAUUCGAACCGCUGACCUUCUGCUGACCUAGGCUCUGUGGUUUAGACCACAGCACUACCCGCGUCCCAAGGUCUUCUUAGCAGCACUAUAAAGUUGCAUCAAUUGUUAAAAUACCAGCUACUACACAGGCAAUGUGCCACUGGGUGUUGUUACCAGGGGAAAGCAGUUCCCCCUUGGAAACAGAAUUCUGCACUGUUUUAAUUGGAUGCUUUUGAUGUUUUAAAGCAAACAUGUUUCUAUGUGUAACAGAUGUCUACAACACUAAAGGGAAAAAUGAACUCAGUUUAGAAUAAGUGAGACUUGGUGUGGCUUCCUGCCAACCUCACUUGACUUACAGCCUAAGCUCCAUUUGAUCUUUGACCUCUGCUUUGCCUCACCUGUAUUGCCUCUCUGUUUCAUCUGCCCUUGUCUUGCUGGGACUUGACCUUGGCUUGAUGUGGCUCCACUUCUUGGGCACACAGAUGUUAUUCACAUGGGAUAAACAAUGGGAGACAAUGGAAGAGAGCCAUUUUAAGUAUUGCAUAUGCAAUUAUUUAUUCAGUCAACAGAAUGAGGAAAUAUAAAGUACAGUUGAAAUGCCAUGGCCCUGAUCCUCCUUUGCACCUUCAUCCUCAUACGCCUCCUUUGCACCUUCCUCAUACGACUAGCUCGCUGAGUGCACUGGAGUAUCAAUGCUCUCUAUGACUUGGGGCUAUUGGUUAUAAUGGUGUAACCAGUUCUAUGCCCUUCCUUCACCUGCCUGUGCCUUUCUCCACACUUGAAUCCACUUCCAUGCUAUACAAUACCACACAGAUUUCUGCUCCUGCAUUCUUCCUUAUGGAAAACCACAAGGGCAGUAUAGCCAUAUAACUUUUGCAUAGGAAAUGGGAAAGCACUGCACUUCAAAUGUAGUAAAUUGAGAUCCAUGCAUUAUACUAUGUGAUUUAUGCCCACUGUUGAUGGAGAAAGAGGUGUUAGGACUGGCAUGAUUUGCAUGGUAUUAUUUAUGUGGCUUUUGUGGGUGAAGGGUGAACAUAGUAGGGAAUUACUAUGUUUAAAUGUAAUUUAAGUCUGCAUUCCUAUACCCACAUACCUGAGAGCAAGUCCUGUUGCAUUCAGUGAGGCUUACUUCUAAGUAGUUAUGUAUUGGGUUACACUGCACAUCUUUUAUUAAUACACUGUUUAGGGUCAAUAGAAAUAGCAAGAAUACUGUCUGCGCAUAAUGCUUUCCCCUUAUAUCUCCAAAGGGUUUAUACGAACAUUAUAUUUUAGUUAAUCUCAGAAAGUAUGAUUUUAGGCCAAAUUUUGAUCACUACUGUGUGACAAAUCUAAUGCUAUUUAAAUUGGGCAUAAUCAUGUUUAAUAGGAUAUAACUAGUUUAAACCCUAUUGUUCCUCUAAAAGGCAAUGGAGGGAAUUCAUUUUUCCUUUAAAUUAUGGCAUCUGAGACUAGCAUUUUUAAAAACUCUCUCUUAAUGCAUCAUAUGAACGCAGCUUUUGUAAUCUCUCUCCCCUCCCUACCCACUUUCUAAUUGUAUAAUAUGCGUUUCAGCCUGCUUCCUGUCUUAUCUGUUACUUGGAAAUAAAACCUGCUCUACAGUAGUCUAGUGCUUUCUUUCCCUCUGUCUUCCUAGGUAAUACCGCCUUUGUGCAGCAGAUAGCGCUCAAGAUGUUUGUAUUUAUCAAACAGGGAAAGGAACAGUAUCACUGCUGUUGUGAUGAAUGUCACCAGAUACAUUCAUCUCUAUUUGUACUUAGCAAUGAUCCAAGGAUGCAGCACAUCACCAAACUGCUUUGUUACAAAUCAUUUUCAUGUAUUCAAGUAUUAUUUUGCUACAGCAAAAUCAAGAAUCAUGUAUGCUUGAAAUACAUAGGAAAGUUAUUGCAAAUUCCCUAUAUGAAGUUAACAGAUGCAGUCUGGAAUCCAAAGAGAUGUAGCUUAGGAAGGAAGUUUUAUUCUUCCAGUAAAACAAACUGCUUCAGUAACCUCCCUUUGUUUCAAAAAUAGUUUACCUAUUUUACGGGGAAGGUGGGGAGAGUUACAUUUUAAAUACCAAUCCCUCUUAUUACAUUUUUAUCCCACCUUUAAUCCAAACAACUGAAUCCAACACCUCUUUCUCCAUCAACAGUGGCCAUACAUGUUUCCUGCCCCACUUUUUCUUAUGACAACAACUCUGUGGGGUAGAUCAGGCUGAGAAAUAGUGACUGGUUCAAAGUCAUCUACUGAGUUUCAUUGUUUGAUGGGGAUUUGAACCUGGAUCUCUCUAGUCCUAUGCUCUAACCACUACACCACACUGACCCUUGCGUCAGCUGCUGUUUCUGGUGGUGUAAAAACAAAUAUUUAUUGAUCUCACAAAGCCAGGGUUGUUGUUCUUUGAAGUGAUAGCUCAGGCGGUAGAGCAUGGGACUCUUAAUCUCGGGUUUGUGGGUUUGAGCCCCACAUUGGGUAAAAGAUUCCUGCAUUGCAAGAGGUUGGACUAGAUGACUCUUGUGGUCCCUCCCAAUUCUAUGAUUCUAUUAUCCGAACCUGAUCAUUUUACUAGUGUUAACUAUUGUUCCUGAUUCAUCACAUGCUGCUAAUAUAUUUCUUUUUUAGAUUAUAUACUAAUUUAUUUCAGUAUCAAAAAAGAGAGAUUCCUCCUCCUCCUCCUCCUUCUUCUGGGUUAAGCAUAAUUGUUUCCAGUUUUGCAAAGACCUUCAACCCUCACUAGGGUUUUUAUCACUAGAAAGUUACUCUGUUUUGUAACAGCAUUUUGGUGCAAUCUUUUUAUAUUUUAGCUUUGAACCAAGUCUUUAUUUAAUUAAAUAUUCCUCUAUUUCAAUAAGGUCUCAUACUAUUAUGAGUCUCAAUAUGCUAGUAACUAGCAACAAGUUUAUGCAAACUGUAGAGCUUUCGGAAAAUGUCAAAUUAUUUUUUUAAAAAAUAUAUAAAAAUUGGCAUGAGAGAUUAUUAUUAUUGCAGGUCUGGUUUCGAAUUGCUAGGUUGGCAGGAGCAGGGACAGAGCAACGGGAGCUCGCCCCGUCACGGGGAUUCGAACCGCCGACCUUCUGAUCAGCAAGUCCUAGGCUCUGUGGUUUAACCCACAGCACCACCCGUGUUGUAUGAAAAGUGUAUGUUAAUGCAAAUGAUGAAAUGGCUAUAUUCUGUCCUGGAUGCACGCUCAGACUUUCAGUGAACAAAACUUCCAGUGAGUACAUGCACAGCUUCUCAACAUUCUUACUUCUCUUUCUCAAAUAUGGAAUUUUUGUAAAUUCCUGAUUUAAAUGCAGCAUUCUUGAAGUCAAUGGUGAUAUACCAAAACUACAGCUGUAAUCACCUACUUGAAAAACACCAGUGCAGGUUUCAAAAGAAAUACAAAAGAAAAAGCACUGCCUCCCAAACGAUCGGAGAAAAUAGUUUGUUAUAGUUGUUCCUCAUUUGUGGUUGCUAGGGAAAUUACUGUAUCUCAGUUUUAAACACUUUUAUCUUCUUUCUAGCUCUCUAGCUGUGCCGCUGUGUCAGGUGAUCAACCAUUUACUCUUGCACCCAUUUACCUGCCCGUCGGUUAAGUAUUUGUUCUCUCUUUCCUACAACAACAUGAGCAAUUCUCCUCAUGUCUUCCCGACGAUCCAAGACUCCAUAACAUCUCCCCCGAACCAAAACUUCCCUCCCUCUUACAACUCAGAAAUUGAUUAAUAGUGUUUUGUGGACUCCAGUUUAUGGAGAAAUGCAUCUAUGUUCCAGGGUUAUGGUGAUGUUACUCACCAUGUGAUGAAACAGCUGGUGAUGCCACCUGUCUUCAGAUUUCUCCAUCCUAAGGAUCAGCAGAAUCACAGAGUCUUGGACUGUCAGGUGGGCAGCACAUUGAAGGGGAUGAAGCCAGCCUUUCCUCGGAUAGCAUCAUUUUUAACCAAGUAAACAUUCACUCCACUUGGUGUGAUGAUGCUUGCACAGUGUGAAUCCUAACCACAAAGCCUAUUUAGGCUUAGUGGGUCAAUUUGGUCAAUUUAUUAUUCACCUGUUGAAAAUACAAAAAAAAAAAAAAGACAAAAGAAUGCAUAAGUUCUGUAACAAUCUAUUUCAAAUAAGUACAUUAAUACUCCCACACUGUAUUACAUCAUGUAAUAUAUCAGCGAGCUAUUUAAAAGAAAAAGGGAAACAGGUUAAAUGUAUACAUGCAAUAAAACUGUUCUCCCUCUAGAAUUAUGGGGAAGAAAAAAGGGUGAUUUUGGUAGUAUUGCACAUUUAUAAAUUUAACCAUUUCAGUUACGCUAUUGAAAUGACCCUAAAGUACUGUCUGGUCAGUACUCCUGUCCUACAGUGCAUUGAAACACAGGAAAAGAAAUUACACCGUGAAGUUUUAUCUAGUUCAGGCUUCCUGAGUAAGUAAGCCUGAGGGUAGGGACUAUCUUAAUGCUAACACUUGUAAGCCACUCUAGGAGCCUUUUUGGCUGAAGUGUGGGAACAAAACAUAAGAAAUACUUUAAAUGUCUUGCAUAUCCUGUCACUUUAUUUUCAGUUCAGAAACAUUUUUCAACACGUCAGAGGCAUAAAGAGGGACAUACUUUACUAUGCAUUGGAAUCCCCAUACGGGUUCCGAUAUCCCAGAAUGACAACAGGGCUGGAAUCUAUUUGGAGGGAAGAAGCAGAUGGCACCAUCUAA